AUGCUCUCUAAGGCUCUCCAAAGGGGUAUUGCUAGGGCUUUCAGCACCACUGCUAAGAAGGAAGCUCCUAAGACUGUUAAGGCCAAUGGUCAAGUAUCUUAGGUUAUCGGUGCCGUCGUCGAUGUCCAAUUCGAAGGUGAAUUACCUUAAAUCUUGAACGCAUUAGAAGUUCAAGGAACUUAACAUAGAUUGGUUUUGGAAGUUGCUUAACACUUGGGUGACUCUAGAGUCAGAACAAUUGCUAUGGACAGUACUGAAGGUUUGGUCAGAGGUUAGCCCGUCGUUGAUACUGGUUUACCCAUUUCCGUCCCUGUCGGUCCUGGUACUCUUGGUCGUAUCAUGAACGUUAUUGGUGAACCCAUCGAUUAAAGAGGUCCCAUUAAGGCUGCUAAGCUCUAUCCUAUCCACAGAGAUGCUCCCUCUUUCACUGAUUAAGCUACUUCUGCUGAAAUUUUGGUUACUGGUAUUAAGGUCGUCGAUUUAUUGGCUCCUUACGCUAGAGGUGGUAAGAUUGGUCUUUUCGGUGGUGCUGGUGUCGGUAAGACUGUGCUCAUUCAAGAACUUAUCAACAACGUUGCUAAGCAUCACGGUGGUUACUCCGUCUUCGCUGGUGUCGGUGAAAGAACCAGAGAAGGUAACGAUCUCUAUCAUGAAAUGAUGGACUCUAAGGUCAUCAGUGUUAAGGAAGGUGAAUCCAGAUGUGCCCUCAUCUUCGGUUAAAUGAACGAACCCCCAGGUGCCAGAGCUAGAGUCGGUUUAACUGGUCUUACCGUCGCUGAAUAUUUCAGAGAUGAAGAAGGUAAGGAUGUCUUGCUUUUCGUCGACAAUAUCUUCAGAUUCACUCAAGCCUGUUCUGAAGUGUCUGCCUUGUUGGGUCGUAUUCCUUCUGCUGUCGGUUAUCAACCUACCCUCGCUACCGAUUUGGGUGCUUUAUAAGAAAGAAUUACCACCACCCAAAAGGGUUCCAUUACUUCCGUCCAAGCUAUUUACGUACCUGCUGAUGAUUUGACCGAUCCCGCUCCCGCUACUACAUUCGCUCACUUGGAUGCUACUACUGUGCUUAACAGAGGUUUGACCGAAUUAGGUAUCUAUCCUGCCGUCGAUCCUUUGGAUUCUACCUCCAGAAUGUUAGACCCCAUCACCAUUGGUGAAGAACAUUACACUGUUGCAAGAGGUGUCUAAAAGUUACUCCAAGAUUACAAGUCACUUCAAGAUAUUAUUGCCAUUUUGGGUGUUGAUGAUCUUUCUGAAGAAGAUAAGCUCGUCGUCGCCAGAGCUAGAAAGGUCCAAAAGUUCCUUUCUCAACCUUUCUUCAUGUCUGAAGUUUUCUCUGGUAUUCCCGGUAGAUUCGUUAACCUUAAAUAAAAUAUCGCUUCUUUCAAGGCUCUCUUGGAAGGUGCUGGUGAUGAAUAUCCUGAAAGUUGUUUCUACAUGAAGGGUGACCUCGAAGAAUCUUUGGCUGCUGGUAGAGCUGAUGCCUUAAAGUCUAAGUGA